AACCCGGGCGUUCUCUAUUAACCUUGCUUUUGCCCAUGGGUUGACGAUUACCUGAUCUGAAGGCGCGUUAUUUACCAAAAGCUGCAAGGGUAGAAAGUUCUACGUUUCGGGUUGACGAGAGCAGAAGCAAAAAAAAAGAAAAACAAGCCCUCGAAAGGGCGAAAGACUAAUUCACUUCAUCACCUUUCCUCUACCUGGCUGUGCGCAUCCGGACACUGCUCCAGUGCGGACAGAAACCUUAGCAACGCGAGCGAGAAUCCGCAGCAGCGAAGAAAAGUGUGUGUGUUGUCAUUAGGGGUGCCCUUCCGCUUCGCCUUGAAGCGCAGCGCGAUAGUGUGUGGUGUGGUGGUUUUUCCUGCGUAGUUUGGCAGUGUGUACGGGAUCCGUCUCUUUGUGUGCGGGCGCCCGUUCGGGUGAAAGUAGGAGCGAUUUUCCCCUGACCGAAUCGUGCGUAGUCAGCAGCCAGCUUGAUGCGGGAGUCAGCGCGAAUAUGAACAAAUCGCACGAGCAGCAACUAAAAUGGAGGGACACCGAGGUCGAGGAGCUGAUUGCCAGCAUGAAAGAGCGAGAGUUGCUGGCGCUAUCGGACGGCAAGAAGCGCCGCUCGCUGGAAGUGUUCGCGGUGGUGCGAAAUGAUCUGCUGCGCAAAGGCUACUUUCGCACCGAGGAGCAGAUACGCCGGAAGAUGAACGAGCUGCGGAAGCAGUACUUCGAGGCGAACCGGUCCGAGUCGGACAGUCGCUACGAGCUGUGCGACCAUUACGAGGCGCUGCACGAUCUGUUUACCGAUGCGCAGCGCAAGCUGGACAGGCGGACGGACCGGUCCCGGAUCCGCACCAAGCGUCGCCGUCAGUCGCAGAACGGAGGACAGGAGAUGGUGGUUCCGUCAGCUUAUCCGAUUAAAUCCUCCAAGGCGUCGGUUCGACGCAGCGCUAGCGGCAGCAGCAGCGUGUGCAGCAGCGUGCACAGCCAGCAGCACAACGGGUACGAGCAGCACAAUCAUCACACAGCAUCGGCGUCGUCGCAGCAGCAGCAUAAUGGUGGCGACGCGAUGCACAACGGGGGAAGAAGGAACGCUUCGCCGCCCCCGGUGCGUUUGAAACGCCCGGACAAGUUCCAUCUGAAGCAGAGCGCGUAUCAGCCCAACUUGAACAACUCUCUUACGAAUCUGUGCAAAAACGAUCGGUAUGCCGACGUGAUGUUGCUGGUUUGCAAUGACGAUGAUAACAUUGCCAUUCCGGCCCACAGGCUCGUGUUGGGAACGUUUAGCCCGUACUUCGCUAACGUGUUCGAAAAGGUUGCGUUCGUACCGUCGUCGGCAACGAUCUACGUGGCGCUGCCCCCGACGGUGACGCGGGCCGCCCUGCAGUGCCUGCUGCAGUACAUGUACACCGGCGAGGCGAUCGUGCACGCGGACUCGUUCGACGACGUGAUGAUGUGCGGCGAGUUUCUGCGCAUCAACGGAUUCGCGGGCAAACGGAGCAGCGGCAUGCUGAAGGGCCAGCAGGAGGAGCUGGUGUCGGUGCCGCUGGUCACGGUGACGAAAACGAUCAACAUGGACGCGGGCGACGCGAGACGGGGCAGCCCAGCAACGCCCGCGCCCGCGAAUACAACGACACGGGCGUCAACGCCGACGCCGGUACCGAUGACGAUGCGCGCGUACUACGGUUCACCGUCGCCGCCGAGGAAGAUUGCGCGGCAUUACGAACCGGCGCCGCCGGUGGUCUUUCAGCAGCCCCGGUACACGCUGGCGCACCAACCAAAGCAGGAUCUGCAAUCGAUGCAGCAGCAGCAGCAGAGUUUACGUCAAUCGAUGUAUCAGGAGGAUAUGUUAGAACCGACCGCAUUGAUGGGCCAUCGCUCACAAAUGCUCCCACAGCGACAGACACAGUACGUGCAGCAGCAGCAGCAGCAGCAGCAGCAAUUGCAACAGUAUCAGCCGCAAGAAAUGUCGGACGGUCUGUUCCAGCAGCCGUUCCGCCAACAGCAACCACUUAUGAUGCCGCUCAGGCAACCGUUGCAGCAGCGCUAUCAUCCGCAGCCGCUGCAGCCGCUCGAUAUGAACCUGGGGCAGGAGGAUAUGUUGCUUCCGUCACAGCCGGUGCAGAGCGCGCAGCGGCAGCAGCAGAUGAUGCGGAUGCAGCUACAUCGCCAAUGGCAGCAGCUGCAAGCCCAAGCACAGCAGCUGCAGGACGAGCUGAUGGACCCGGGCCAGGAUCUGCAGCCGCCACUGGUCCGGCAAUCCCCGACACUGCAGCAAACGGUUCAGAAGCAGCAAUCGCUUCAGUCGCUGCCACAGCAACAGAGCGUGCAACAGCAGCCUCGGCAGCUACAAACGCAACAACAGCAACAGCAGAAAGAAGUUCAGCAACAACAGUCAGUCCCGAUACAGCAGCCAGCGCCGUUGGAGCCUCCGGAGCUGCCCCUUCCUCAACAACCACAGUGUCCAACGGUGGCACAGGCACAGCAGCCAGCAGCACCUCCACAGCCUCCGGCACAGCAGAAACAGCCGCAAGCGGUGCCAACCGAUCAGCAGACGCUAGAUGCAGCGCAAGACGAUUUUCAGCAGCCGGAAGAGCUGUUGGCAACGCUACAGCUGGUAAGAACACAGCCAAUACUGAAGCCAACAGCAGCGCAACCAACGCAGCCCGUUGUUGCUGCCGAGCAAGUGUUGCUGCCACAGCAACCGGCUUCGGAGCAGCACGAGGAGGUAGCAACGGAAGAGCUGAUGGAUGGGACUGAAGUGCUGCUAGAAGAGGAAGAGAUACUGGAGCCGGAGCAGCAGCAGCAGCAGCAGCCACAGCAGCCGGAACAACUACUGGAGCAAUGUUUGUCCCAGCAGCCAAAAAUACAAGACGAAUUGAUGAAACUGCAGGAACUGCUGCCGUCGCAGGAGCUGCUAGCACCGCAGCAGCCGCCCCAGUCGGAACAGCCCGCGCAACAGCGCGAAACAUUGCGACCACAGCCAACGUUACAGCAGCGCCUGCUGCAAAAGCAAAAGCUGCAGAACGAGCUCGUUAGACCGCAGGAGCUGCUCGCCUCGCAGGAACUGUUGGCACCGGCGAAAACACAACCAACACCGCAGCAGCCACAGCGUGCAGCGGCAGGGCAAUCUAAUCAGCUGAAACCGCUGCUACAAUUUCGUCGCCCCAAGCAGCAUUUCCAGGCCCAAAUUCUGGUGGACAAGCUAAUGGCAAAGCCGACACAAGCGGACACGGUGCCAGUAGCAAAAACCCAAAGCCAGCCGGAUGAGAAAGGCGCGAAAGAAGGUAAAGCCGUGCCGGCGGCUCAAACAUCGAAGAGCGUAGCGUCAUCGUCCGGCACGUCGCAGCUGAGCGAUUCCGUGCUCAUCGCCAAGGACGAAGCGGCGGCAGCCGUAGACAAAGCGGUGCAGGAAAACGAACCCGAAGAUCCGAACGACCGGUCGCUGGAGGAUCCGAACGAUCGGUCGCUCACGCGAAGCGAAUGCGAUGUCGAGUUUCUGGACAAACCGCGCCGCAACAGCCUGUUCGAGUUUGCCGACCAGCGCAAUCUGAAGCUGUACGAGGCGCAGGAGCGGCGCAAGAUGGACUUUAUCAAGGAGUACGAAGAGCACAUGAAGAGUGCGCAACCGAUGGUGGAAACGCCCGAACCGUCGCCGUCGGUACCGCCCGCCCCGGUAUCGCCCGGCAGCUCGUCCAGCUCACCGCCCCCACUGCCAACCAAGUUCAAGGUGCAGCAUCGCAAGCCGGCGUCAAUUAGGCGCCUGGUGGCGCUGCCCAAGCCGCCCGACAUUAUCGACGCGCUCGACAGCAUGGUCAACCUGACGUCGGACGAGUCGAUGAUCGAGCUCGUGUCGAAGUCGCCGGAAUCGCAGACGUCCCACUUUAGCACGCGGUCCCACAGCCCGGACGGGCAGGGCAAGAUCGAUGCGCUCAUACUGGAGAACUUUGCCGAGCAUCCGGCCAUUUUCGCCAACAGCUCAAUGAACGAGCUGGUGCCGCACCCGGAGACGGCCGAGCUGGACGAGAGUGACGGGCUCGACCAGCAGGAGGGCACGCUGCCGGACCAGUACGUGUCGUCGCGGCUGAACUGCCAGCUCUGCUACAUGUCGUUCACCACGCCGACCGACUGGGUGAACCACGUGUCCUGCCACUGUAUCGUGGAUCAGGGUUUACUGAAGCGGAGACGAAUUUCGAACGAUGACGAUAGCGACUAUUUCCGGUGCGACAUGUGCUCGUCCUACUUCAUCUCGGCCCAGGACUGGCUAACGCACGUGGCAAAGCAUAAUAACGAUCAUGAAUAGUAAGCCCUCGUGCUCUGUAGGACCUGAACGCCAUGUUUUUUAAAGUUGUAUGGAAGAAGUAUUUUUACACCCUCGUGCUCUCGACCAAACCAAUCUUCUUUUUUUUUGGGGCUCAAUAACUACCGCAAUUGGGGCCUGUCUAAGCGCCACUUUGUGGACUUGGUUAUCUGUGACUUCAUCAGUGUGUGUGCAUACGAGCAAGUCAAGUCCUUGCGCGUGCGGGGUUGUGACUCGUUCCCGCACGGGGAUCUGAACCCAUGAUGGGCAUUGAUGUUGUCGAUUUGCCUUCCUUAUCACAGGACGGGUAAGAAAAAAGCGGAAGGCAGUGCAUCUUGUUUGCCGAUCACGUUUUUUGUCACCCUUCUAAAGAAAAACGAACGAAACCAGACACACACAAUCGGGGCUAAGAUGAGGAGAUAAUGCGCUGGUACGCUGGUGUAACUUCCCUUGUCAAUAGAUUUAUUCUUCACAAUAAUGUCUAAUCAAAAACAAGGAUCGCAUGUAUAGUUAGUACCCAUGAACGUUGGAGGAAAAAGCAGAAGCUAUUAGCUAUGAUUGCUAGGGAUUACAAUUAAUUCAUAUUAUGAUAUAAUGCUCCGUACGCAAGAGAAAGAGAGUGAGAGGCCAGCGACACCGCGGAUCUCUCUCCCUUUAACUGAUAGAAUCCUAGAAAAAACGGACACAAAACACACAUACACUCACACGCAUUGCAAGUAACAGAUUUAUUGUACAACUUGACGGAAAAAACGAAAUUCCCCAAAUAUAGUUUUCUUUUAAUCCUUUUUUCA